GCCAACGUGCAGUGCUACCGCUGCCUCCCCAUGUCCCACUCACCCCCUCGCCCCCUGCACGCCGCUCACCCAUGUGUGCCCCGUGGGUGUCCCUUGCUGUCAGGAGCACCGUGUGCUGGAGCCACGGGCGGGCGGCACACAUCUGGACACAGAGGAGGUGCGCCUGGGGCGCUUCCCCGACCUGCCCGUGCAAGCGCUGGAGCCGUGCGGCAAGCUCGUCAAGGACGGCGACUGGAUCCCCCCUGCGUGGACGCGCGACACCGGCCUCGCCAAGCUGGCGGAGCGCAUGCGCCUCGACGACUCGCAAUGA